AUGGAUUAUAAGUUGUGCUAUAGCAGUGAGGCUACGGGUCACUCCGGGGGUAUUUGGGUUUUGAUGGCGACGUCUUGCUCUGCUACUACCUCAAACUUUGCCUCUCACUCUCAAGUCAUCUCGUUUACGGUUGUUGAAGGAAGCAAGAGCUGGGUUUGUACUGCCGUUUAUGCUAAUCCUCGGGUGGAACUCAGACAGCAGGUUUGGGCUCAUCUUCGGGAGUUGGGGGGACGGAUUGCGCUUCCAUGGAUAGUGCUUGGGGACUUCAACGAAAUUAUGUUGUCAACGGAGUGUCGUGGGGGUCGUUUCUCGAUGGCACGGGCGUCACAGUUCAUAGAGGUUUUGAAUGAUUGCAACCUUCUCGACAUGGGGGCUAAGGGCCUUCGCUUUACGUGGUAUCGAAAUCAACGAGGGGUUAUGCUGGAAAAACGGUUAGACUGUGCAGUGUGUAAUGUCGAGUGGCAAGCAAUGUUUCCGGAAGCAUAUGUUGAGAAUCUGUGCCGGGUCUAUUCUGAUCAUUGUCCACUUCUACUACGACGGGACGACUCAAGAGAUAAGUCUCCAGAUCGACCCUUUCGAUUCCAAGCUGCAUGGGCCACCCACAAAGAUUUUGAGCGAGUUGUUAGGGAGGCGUGGUGUCGUAGCACGCCGACCCUUGCUAAUGGGCUACACGUUGUUCGAGUAGAUGCCAUCAAGUUUAACGAAGAUGUGUUUGGGAAUAUCCUUACGAGGAAGAAGGCUCUCCAACAUCGUCUUAAAGGGGUACAACUACAACUAGAGAGAGGGGAUUCAGAGAGCCUGUCGCGCUUGGAGAAGGCUAUACAAAUAGAGUUGGAUGAAACUUGUCUUUAG